UGCUCCCGUCCGCGCUAACGCCGCGCUCCUGGCGCUCCACGCCGCAGCCGCGGAGCAAUGAUCAGUCCCGCGGGGCGGCCGCUGCGGGGCUCCGGGCGGCGACGCGGGGCUGGGGCGGGAGCCCGGGUGGGCCCGGUGCUUCCCGUGGACGCCCAAGUUUCCUGGUAGAGGGCGCAGCGCCCGGCGGGGCCCACGGAGCGGGGCGCGCGGGGGUCACCAUGCGGACUCUCCGCAGGUUGAAGUUCAUGAGUUCGCCCAGCCUCAGUGACCUGGGCAAGAGAGAGCCGGCCGCGGACGAGCGGGGCACGCAGCAGCGCCGGGCCUGCGCCAACGCCACCUGGAACAGCAUCCACAACGGGGUGAUCGCCAUCUUCCGGGGCAAAGGGCUGCCUGACCAGGAGCUGUUCAGCCUCAACGAGGGCGUGCGGCAGCUGCUGAAGACGGAGCUGGGGUCUUUCUUCACCGAGUACCUGCAGAACCAGCUGCUGACGAAAGGCAUGGUGAUUCUGCGUGACAAGAUCCACUUCUACGAGGGACAGAAGCUGCUGGACUCGCUGGCUGAGACGUGGGACUUCUUCUUCAGCGACGUGCUGCCCAUGCUGCAGGCCAUCUUCUACCCAGUGCAGGGCAAGGAGCCCUCGGUGCGUCAGCUGGCCCUGCUGCACUUCCGGAACACCAUCACCCUCAGCGUGAAGCUGGAGGACGCUCUGGCCCGCACCCACGCCCGCGUGCCGCCCGCCAUCGUGCAAAUGCUGCUGGUGCUACAGGGGGUGCACGAGUCACGGGGCGUGAGCGAGGACUACCUGCGGCUGGAGGCGCUCGUCCAGAAGGUGGUGUCGCCCUACCUGGGCACCUACGGGCUCUCGUCCAGCGAGGGGCCCCCCACACACCCCUGUAUCCUGGAGAAGCGUCUCCUGCGCCGCUCCCGCGUGGGGGACACCCUCACCAAGAACCCCGUGGUGCGCUCCAAGAGCUACAACACGCCACUGCUGAACCCCGUGGAGGAGCACGAGGCCGAGGCCGUGGCCGCCGGGGGCCCGGGCAUCCGCAGGCACUCCGUCUCCGAGAUGACGUCCUGCCCCGAGGCCCCGGGUCCGGGCCCCACCGUGGCCUUCAGAACCGCCCCAGCCCCCCACUCGGGGCCGUGGUCUGACAGACUGUAUCCCCCUGCCCAGCCCACCGAGCCGGGCCCAGGUGCGGCCCACGGCUCCCCGGCCACCCCCAGCCCUGAGAACCUGGUGGACCAGAUCCUGGGGUCGGCGGACUCGGGCUCUGAAGGUAUCUUCAUUGACUUUGGCCGGGGCAACGGCUCAGGCGCAGCCGAGUUCGUGGGGCCUGGGGGCCGGCAGAGCGUGGUGUGAGGGGCAGCGGCUGACCCAGCAGAGUGUGGUGUGAGGGGCAGCGGCAGCCCCGGCCUCCUCACAGCCCCGCGUGUGCGUGUCGGAAUGUGCGGGAGACUUUUUUACUCUGUCCUGCCCUGGUGGUCUUGCCACCGGGCUUGCUCACUUUGGCAUCCCCAACUGUCUGUUGGACCAGCCCCCCCAGGCCCCUGCCUGGCCAGGCCCACAGCACAACUCCGUCCUCGGGCAGCCGGGUUGGCAGCACCUCACACGGCGUGUCCCACGCGCACGGCCAGCCUCACAUGCAGGGGUCAGUGGGCCACUGUCCACCCCGCUGUCCACUCCAAGGCUGACCUUCUCGCAGAGGCCGUGGGUCCAGCCCGGCCGGGGUGGCGUCUGCAUCAGAUUUACCUCCCCCUCACCUCAGGCGCAGAGUGGCCUCUUGUAUGUCUGUUCAGAAUCUUUUGCCAGGGGUGGCUGUGGGGAUGCGGAGAGGGGGCAAUAAAUCUUGUCUGCUCCA